GUUGCCAUGGCAACCAAAGGCGCCGCGUCCGUUAUUGGCGGUUGGCGAAAAGGUUGCCGUGGCAACCGUGUACCGCGUCCGUUAUUGGCUGUCGGCGAAAGAGAGCUGAGAAAAGGAAGCAGCCAUGGUGCGAAUCACAGAAGAACUCGUCAGGCAGCGGUCAGAGCACAAUAAUUGUGAGAUCUUUUCCUUGGAAGAAAUCUCCUUGCACCAACAGGAUAUAGAGCGAAUAGAACACCUGGACCGAUGGUGCCGGGAUUUGAAAAUCCUCUAUCUCCAAAACAACCUCAUACCUAAAAUUGAAAAUGUUGGCAAAUUGAAGAAGCUUGAAUAUUUAAAUUUAGCUUUAAACAAUGUUGAAAAAAUUGAAAAUUUGGAAGGUUGUGAAGACUUGCAGAAACUAGACCUGACAGCUAAUUUCAUUGGAGAAUUGUCCAGUAUCAAGUACCUGAAAAAUAAUAUCCAUCUUAGAGAGCUUUUCCUUAUAGGCAACCCAUGCACUGAUUUUGAAGGUUAUAGACCAUUUGUGGUGGCAACACUUCAUCAACUCAGAGUUUUGGAUGGCAAAGAGAUAGAACGAUCAGAGAGGAUUAAGGCUUUCCAGAACUUAGCUGAGAUAGAAAAACAAAUCCAAGAGCAGGAGCAAGCCUAUCUUCUCAAAAGAAGAAAAGAAAAAGAAGAGGCUGAAAAACAGAUGCAAGAAAAGAAAGAGAAGAAGCGGAAGCAAAAGAAACACAAUCUGAGAGUUAAUGGACAACGGUGCACAGAUAUCAGUGCCACCAAUUGCUAUUCUGUAGAAGGGAGAAAUAAGCACCAGAAAACUAAAGAAGAAAACAAAGACUAUGAAUUGAUUAUGGAAGAUGAUGAUGAUGAAGAGAGAGCCUUUUGGGAGGAACCUACACCUCAUACUCCAGAGGCUAGGUUAGAAGCUCACAGAUAUAUUGAAGAAAAAAAGAAAGCCAAAGAAAAUAGAGAACAAUUGAAGAAAGAGAAGCAACCAAGAACUUUGAUAACCCCUGAAGGAAGAGUUUUGAAUGUAAAUGAACCUAAGCUUCCUUUUUCCUUAAAAGAUGAUGAAGAAAACAACCAAUUCAUCCUUGAUCUUGCUGUGUACAGAUAUCUGGACACGUCCCUCCUUGAUGUUGAUGUACAACCUACUUAUGUUCGGGUAAUGAUCAAAGGAAAGCCAUUUCAGCUUGUACUUCCUGAAGAAGUCAAACCAGAUAGCAGCACUGCUAAAAGAUCUCAGACAACUGGACAUUUGGUUAUCAGCCUACCAAAGGCUAAAGAAGUAAUUGUGGUGAAACCCCAAACAACUACUUGUAAGAAAUCGUGUGACACUGAUAAACUGCAAAGAAAUCUAAGAAGAAAAGAGUGUACAGAAAAGUUAGAAGUGGACCCUACCAAGUACUCAUUCCCAGAUGUCACAAAUAUUGUACGGGAAAACGAUUUGAAUGGACAAGGCCCUUUGAAGCUUCAGCAGCAAAAUAAUCUGAACACCAACAGUUUGUCGUCAGACUUGGAUGAUGACCCAGAUGUUCCUCCUUUAAUUUGACAGUCUGAUAGGGAUAGAGCGUCUUUCCAUUUUAGAGUGCUAUAGAUCGCUUUAAGGAUAAGCUUGUUGCCUUUAAUCUGAUUGCCUUCUUCCAUUAUAUAUAAGAAAUGGAUGUAGUUUUCUGUAAACUAGUAUAUUUUGACUGUCUGGUGAUAAUUGAAAUCUUUGUCAGGAUUGGAUUGCUAUUCCCCUAAACAAAGCUUCAGUCCAGAGUUCCACCAGCAUUAUCAACAGUGGGGGGCGGGGGGGAGGGUGUUGGUUUGGGUUUGGUCAUGCUUUCUUAAAAGAGUUUUUCUAUCAACCCCAGAAAUAGUGUGAAUUGUUUACAGGGUCUAUAGCAAAUCUCUUCUUGCACAUUAAAGAUACAAGGCUAGCCUUGUCCAAAGCAAUUGGGGCAGGUGGCAUUAAAAUAGUGUGGAAAUUUGACUACAUACAUGAGAAUCAAAUGAGUGCUAACCCAGCCUACUGCCCAUGCUGUUUCAAUUAGCUUUGCCUCAUUUUCUUUGCUUUGACCCCAGCUUUCUAUUUCACUUCUUCUUCCAUCCCUUAAUAUACUUUCUCCAUCUUGGCUUCAUUAAGCCCUGCACUGCACCCGUUACUUUGUUAGCUGUAGAGGUGUUUAUUCUUAAGUCUUUUCUUUGAGAUGUAUUAAGCAUAAUGGCUUAAGAAUGGAUGAAGGAAAACUUAUGUGCAGUUGAAACUUUCCCUGUGUACCCCCUCUCCACACUUCCAGAUUAGUUCUUACUAGACAUGUUGAACGUUUAGUUGUUUAGUCUUAAGGUGGCAUUGCUAGCAUCACCAAAGAGGAAUAACUGGUGCUUUAUCCUAGUUUCCAUCAACCUGAAAGCAAACUGCUAGCAUUUUUCAGAUCAGAUUCUAUUCAUGGAAUGCUUGUCCUCAGAGUCUGUUAUACCAUGAAAUGUUAAUUGCAAGGUAUGCUAAUAUGUCUGACUUAAUGAGAAUGGUUGGAGCAAUGCUACAAAUACUAACAUGCCAUGUGUGCCUCCUUAAAGCAAGGGAAAAUAUUGUUAUACUUUCUUGUGCCCUCCAUACAAUAAAACUUACUGAGAUUUUGAA